GUGUUUUUGCAAUUUCAAAUAAGAACUCACCUCCUUGAUCAUGUAGUCUAAAACGCCAUCCUCGCUCAUACAUCUGGAGAAAACUCGCCUUCUCGGGGUCGCCUGCCUUUCAAAAACCUCGGCGUGCAUGAUUAAAAACUAGCCCCAGCAGCUGCAAAAGCUUUCAGUCACGGCGCAGGUAGUCCUGGAAGUCUGUGACAAGUUGUUUUUGGGUUAGACAAUAAAGUCCCACCCACCCCAGGAGCUGCGGCGAGCAGGGAUUAGUUUCGCCUCAUUCAGUUGCGCAGUGGGUCUGUCACAGAGCGAGUCACCGCUGGCUUCGCUACCUGCACACACCUUCCUGCAGCCAGGCAGCCGCAGCGAGCAGCGCUUCAGAAAGCCUGAGGAAGCAACGCAGGGAUGGUGACGGCAGAUUACGCAGCAAGGUUUUCCUGAUACGCCAUUCCAAUUAAAAAAAAAAAAAAAGUCAUUGCGAAAGCUAUGCAAAUUUGUAACAACGAAGGGUCACUUUGUGAACUUUUGUACAAAUAUUCCACUUAAAAGUGACCCCUUGUCGAAAUAUUUAACCCGAAACACGAAGAGCGUGUUGCCGAAUGAGUUUCGAAAGCGCAUAUCAUUUCUGUGCUUCCUCUUUGUCAGCUGUGUACAAUUAUAUGUAUUUAACAGGAAAGCGGGGCUGUUGUUGUUUGGCACGUCUCGUUUAAACCCUGCGGAGGCUGCGUUUGCUUUUCUUGCAUUGAAAGUGAGCCCGUCUGUAUCAACAAUGCGUUCAAACUGUAUCUAUUCAGAACCCCGGGCUAUGUUUUCACAGGGUAUCCUGGUCUGUAUUAACGCGAGUGUUUUUUAACACAGAGACGAGCACGAUACUAUAUGAAUCCACGGAGGGUGCUGAAGAGGAGCUGAAGUAUAUAACGCUGUUGUUCGGUUCUAGUUGUGUAAGAGCAGCUGCUUUAUCUCUGGGGGUUCAUUAAGUCGGGAGUGGAAACAUGGCCCCGUGUUCUCACGGUUUAAAGACUUCUUUAUACAAAUCUGCAUUACACACCCGGCCUCAUAACCUUUCUUAACAGAACCACUUACAAACACAAUUAAUAAUGAGUCUUUCUGCCUAAAACUAUACCUUUUGGCACACAAACUAUAGUUUCAGCUGGGAAACGGAAGUUGUUUGUCAGAUGGAGUCUGAGUCCAGUGUAUCGGGAUACAUUGCCCCUUUAAACAGAGUUUGUGUGCACGUUAUUAUUUGUUUAUUUUUAUUAUGGUUUAAAGAAUUGUAUUGUGGUUUGUUUUGCUGUGUUUUACUUUAUACGUCCACUUUGUUUCUGUUGUGUGUUGAAUUAUGUAAACUGAACCCCUUUUGACUGUUGGGUCUGUUUGAGCCAAACUGGAUGACCUGUUGCAUGGCAACGCUGUAAAGCCCUUUUAAUAUCCCUGGCGAGGCUGAAACCCUGUCCGGUGGACUCUGAUAAUGGCUGCACCGUGUCCCGCCUCGCCUGGGCGGUCUGAGUCACACGAGGGGUGUUGGAGAUGGCUGCGCUCAGGGGCUUGCUGCUCGGCGGGAUCCCAGCGCUGAGCGCCGCGGUCUGGAGACGGAGCUGCGGGCUCGGGGCUCCCGCAGCGCGGCUGUGUGUGACACAGACACCGGGGAGCCGAAUCCACUUUAAACUGGAUGAGAAGACGGCUCACAGCAGCCUAGAUCUCUUCAAGAAAGAAACCGGCGUCAUUUAUCGAGUGAUCGGCGUGGACCCCACCAAGGUCCCACAGAACCCGGAGCGCUUCCGAGACUGGGCCGUGGUUCUGGGGGACAGCGCGGUCACGGCGGGCCGGCAUUACUGGGAGGUGACGGUCCGCAAAUUCCAAGAGUUUCGUAUCGGAGUGGCGGAUAGUGGAAUGUGGCGGGGAGACUGCAUUGGAAGCAGUAGCAGUUCCUGGGUGUUUGGCUUCAAGCGUGGCGACUGGUAUUCCAUGACUGGCAAUGAGAUGGUGCCCAUUGCCUGGGUGGGCAAGCCGGAGAGAGUGGGCUUGUUGCUGGACUAUGACGGCCAGAAGCUGGGGCUUGUAGAUCUAGACAAGCCGGCUGUUGUCCACGCCAUAGAGGCCGAAUUCAAGAGUCCUGUCUGCCCUGCAUUUGCUCUUUGGGACGGGGAGCUGGUCACUCAUUCGGGGCUAGAGGUGCUGGAAAAAUUGUGAUUCUUUAAUAUACCCGCCUUUGCCAUUAUAGGUGACAGGACCCCUGUGCUGUUUGCUUAGGUAUUCAGAGUCAAAUACAGCCGUACCAUUGUACUGUCACUUCAAAGGGACUCUGCAGAAAGAUACGGCUUUAUUAGGAGGUCACCAGUGGCCAUAUGCAUUCAAGUGAUUGUAGCUAACACAAUAAUUCCAUGUUAACGUUCAUUUGUUAUAUAGUCUCAAGGUCCAGAUUUGAAAGAGUCAUGUUAUAGCAGGUUUUAUUUAAGCUGAAACGUAGUAUCUGGUAUUGCGCUAAAAGCAAUCUGAUUGUAGCCAUGCCUUCAGUUAGUGUUGCAGUUCCAUAGUCACCUGGAAGAUGCAUCUUUCCUAU